UGAGUUUGGCGGUGUCGCGUGGGUGCACUGGCAGUCUACCCGACUAUCUCUUGUUGGACAAUUGUGACCGAACACCAGCAUAUGUGAGUUUGGCGGUGUCGCGUGGGUGCACUGGCAGUCUACCCGACUAUCUCUUGUUGGACAAUUGUGACCGAACACCAGCAUAUGUGAGUUUGGCGGUGUCGCGUGGGUGCACUGGCAGUCUACCCGACUAUCUCUUGUUGGACAAUUGUGACCGAACACCAGCAUAUGUGAGUUUGGCGGUGUCGCGUGGGUGCACUGGCAGUCUACCCGACUAUCUCUUGUUGGACAAUUGUGACCGAACACCAGCAUAUGUGAGUUUGGCGGUGUCGCGUGGGUGCACUGGUCAGUCUACCCGACUAUAUGUCUCGCCUGAAAACCGAGACUCCGCAUAUUAUGUGAGUUUGGCGGUGCCGUGUCGCGUGGAUGAGCAGCAUUGUGUAGCUAUAGAAGAUUUGCACAAGAUCGUUGCAACACACACACAGCGUGUGUGCGUGUGUCGCUGCCCGCACCAGUCACGCGUGUCUGUCGCGCGCUGCAUCUGUGGCUGGCGUGCGCGAGUGAAAGUCGUCAGUUGGAGCGAGCAUCGAGGUCGGACUGCCACGCUGCCGUGCUCGCACACGCGAGAGAGAGAGAGAGAGAGAGAGAGACACACAUAGGCAGAGAGAGAGAGAGAGAGAGAGAGAGAGAGAGAGACACACACAGAGAGGCAGAGAGAGAGAGAGAUCGGGCGCUCAUUGCCGCACUUGUAUCUUAUAUCUUAUAUACACUGCACAGGCGACGUACUAGCGAAGCGCUACACUGGUGUGGUGCACAGGCGACGUACUAUCGAAGCGCUACUCUGGGUGUUGACCCCCACGGUGUGCGCGCGCGGAUGUGCACUGCUUUCAUUUACUAGGCUCAUAGCGCCUAACGCGUGGCUAGCAAAACUGUUUUCCGUGUUUCGUGUGUGAUAUAUGAUUGCCGAGCAUUGUCCCACCCUGAACGAAAACGAACUCCCCGGAUGAACUGCCCCAUUGUUGCAGCCGCCGCUGACCACGACUGGAAUCAUUUUUUCCGGAACUGCUACAUACACACGCGCCCUGCGUUCGCACAAGGCAUGCGUCUAUACUGAACGCUGGCACACACAUAUAGUUGAUGCACGGACGCCUGCAUUUCCCACUUGCAAGCGCGGACUUGACCAAAACUGAUCGCACUGGACGCGCGCGUACGGCAAACAGUGCCAGUCGGACACGUGGAAGGAUAAGUGAUCGUUAGGAUAAUAGAACUCGUUGGCUAUAAGUGAGUAAAGCGGCGAGUAGCUUGGCAGUGAGAUCGGAUAGAGACGGUGUGUCAUCUCGAACACAUAGCUGCGUUUCUACCUAUAGCGCAGGCUGCGUGAGUUUUACCGGUGAGACAUUGCGAGCGAGUGCGUUACUCGAUAACCGGAGAGAGAAAGAGAGAGACAGAGGAAGAGAGAGAGAGAAGGAGAGUCGUCACCAUGUUGUUCAGAAGCAAGAGCACGCAGGAGGUGCCGAGGCGGGCGGUCAGCUUCAGUGCGGGAGUCCGCGGGGGCGCGAAGGAGCCAUGGUACAAGAGAUUCUGGCUGCGGCGCUACGUGUCGGUGAUGUCGCUCAAGGACAGCAGUAAGAAGCAGCUGUUCUACUCAUCCGAUGCGCUCUACCGCAGCAAGUCGUUCGGGGGAUUCCUCAACAGCUACCCCAGCUCCACCUACAUCGCAGAUGGUGACCUGUACAGUCCAGGCAUGAGUCGUAAGGCCAGCCAUGGCGGUUCGCGCAAGGGCUGGAGUUUCACGCGCAGUGCUCCCAAACUGCCGAAGGUGCCCCGACCUCAGCGUACACUCAUCAUCUUCGAUAGCGUCAUUAAGGGACUCAGGAACAAGAUUGACAUUAUGCUGGAAGAUGUACGCAGCUUGAGAGAGAAGGAAAGCCUGGACUCGUCUCAGUCUCCAAGACAGACGAGACAGGACAUAUGAAAGGAA